AUGAGUUUCCGUAUACUUGGCCGUAGGUGGUACCUGGUGGUCCCCAAAGCGCCUAAAUAUGAAAACAGUGGUCUUUUGUUGACAAAGUCCUUAAAAUAUGUUCGGGAUGUUGACGAAUACCACCGGCAAAUUGUAGAACAGAAUUCCGAUGCCGAAAAGGCGAAACUACUUUUGCAAAAAAUUCAUGGAAAUAAGACUUUAUUGUACAUGUUGUCCAAUUUCCAUUAUGAGCUCUCGAAUAUAGGCAUAGGAUGGUCAGCUGAACCGUCAUCGAGGCCAUUGUGGAAAUAUAGGUGGCUGUACGUUACUCGAUUGGCACGACUUUCCAACACAUUUUGGAGCCAAUGCCAGUUGGAGGACUUGGCUCAACAUGACCAUCGUUUGGGAACUCAUCCAGAUAAUAUAGGGGUGCUUGAUCCCAAAAAUUUCGAACUGGAGGUGUACAAUGCUUUGCAAACGGGACAGUAUGAGGGCACUGAUUUUAGAGAUGUACAGAUGAUUGGCGGGCGAACGUUUAAAUAG